AUAGCUCAGAUGUGGCAGCUAAGUGGCUCGAUCAUCAGGGCCUUGAUCUGGGGCUGCGGAUUUCCUAGAUGGCUAAGGUCCCACCCGACACUCAGUCUGAUGCCCGUCCAGCCCUCCAACCACCUGGAAUGGAAUGAGCCUAUGCACUCCCUCCGGAUAAGUGUGGGGGGCCUUCCUGUGCUCGCGUCCAUGACCAAGGCUGCAGACCCCCGCUUCCGCCCCCGCUGGAAGGUGAUCCUCACGUCCUGUGUAGGUGUUGCCCUCCUCUGGCUGUUCUACUCCCACCGUCCAGCCCCGGGCAGGUCCCCCACUCACAAUGUGCACAACUGGAGGCUCAGCCAGGCGCCUGCCAGCCAAUACAAUGACACGUACCCCCUGUCGACCCCCCAGAGGACACCGGGUGGGAUUCGAUACCGGAUUGCCGUCAUUGCUGACCUGGACACGGAGUCCAGAGCCCAGGAGGAAAACACCUGGUUCAGUUACCUGAAGAAGGGCUAUCUGACCCUGUCAGAUAGUGGGGACAAGGUGUCUGUGGAAUGGGACAAAGACCACACUGUCCUGGAAUCGCACCUGGCAGAAAAGGGGAGGGGCAUGGAGCUGUCUGAUCUGGUUGUGUUCAAUGGGAAACUCUACUCCGUGGAUGACCGGACAGGAGUUAUCUACCAGAUCGAAGGCACCAAGGCUGUGCCCUGGGUGAUUCUGUCUGACGGCGAUGGAACCGUGGAGAAGGGCUUCAAAGCUGAGUGGCUGGCAGUGAAGGACGAGCGGCUAUAUGUGGGCAGCCUGGGCAAAGAGUGGACCACGGCCACUGGGGAGGUGGUGAACGAGAACCCUGAGUGGGUGAAGGUGAUAAGCCACAAGGGCAGCGUGGACCAUGAGAACUGGGUGUCCAGCUACAAUGCUCUGCGGGCUGCUGCUGGGAUCCGACCACCAGGCUACCUCAUCCACGAAUCGGCCUGCUGGAGCGACACCCUGCAGCGCUGGUUCUUCCUGCCGCGCCGCGCCAGCCAUGAGCGGUACAGUGAAAGGGACGACGAGCGCAAGGGCACCAACCUCCUCCUGAGCGCUGCCCAGGACUUCGGGGACAUCUCCGUCGGCCAUGUGGGCAAGGUGGUCCCCACACACGGCUUCUCGUCCUUUAAGUUCAUCCCCAACACUGAUGACCAGAUCAUUGUGGCUCUCAAGUCUGAGGAGGACAACGGCAGGGUGGCCACCUAUGUCAUGGCCUUCACAUUAGACGGGCGCUUCCUGCUGCCCGAGACCAAGAUCGGAAGUGUGAAGUACGAAGGGAUAGAAUUCAUUUAAAUUAAGGCAUUCCGACGAUGGGCACGGCUGAGAUAGUCUUCACUGCAUCAGGACUGCGCUUUUAUAAAAACCAGAGGACUGCACUUUCGUCGUGUUCUUUUUGUAACUACAAAGUGUGUGCGUGGCUGACAGAUUUCCAGAAUGAGGAUUCAGUCUCAGGGCAUAUGAAGCAGAUGGAAGUGUCAUGGAAGGUGUGAUGUCCUGGAGCUGGGACAGGGCAAGUCCCCUGGUCCAGCACAGCCCCUCAGGGCUCCUCUGCCUGGGCCUCUCGGCACUGCCACCUGGUGGUGGAGACUGAACCUGUACUAGUUUGGUAGGGGGCUGGCCUUGAAUUCUGCCCGGCUCCUCUUCUGUCUAAGCUCUGUUUCCUGACUUGCCAUAAGUUCCUGUUCAGUAAAUAUUUCGGGAGUGCCUGGGAUGUUAGGCACUGUGCCCUGCACUGGGAACAGCAAUGAGUGUGAGGUGUGCCUGCCCACUAGGGACUCCAGGCCAUCCCUCUUUGUGCUCCUCUGGGAGCCUUGGGCGCUCCUUGCAUCCUGCUGACCUUGGAAGGUAAUGUUUACACUGCAGGAUGCGGGCACAGUGAGGGUGGCUUGUGGGAACACAUCUGCCUGCACUGCCCAGAGAACCACAUGUGAAAUGGUGGAACUUUGCUCACCCGGGACUCCACUUCCUCCCUUCUGGAAAAUUCUGGGUAGCACUUUAAGGUUUUAAUUAUUAACUUAUUUUUAUUGAGGCAGUUUCCUCUCUCACAAAACAAAAUCACCGAUCUUAUCACACAGAGUAAAGUCACAGCAGAUUUGCUCCCAGCCUCGAGCCACGGUUGGCAAAGCCAGUUCAUAGUAGAGGUGCCUGAGAUCUUGGCACGCCAUCUUCUUCUAGCAGCUUGCAGAAAGUGCCGUGUCCUUCAAGACUCAUGAAUGAUUUGAAUGUGUUACUCUGUGGCCCAGCAGGGGCCGUAGGUUCCAAUAGCCUGCAGUUGACUUCUGGCUGAGGCCUGCUUUGUUCCGGAGAUCAUCCCUGUUGUUUUCCUGGAUCUCCACAACCACCACCUCUUCCCAGUGGAAGCUUCACACAGACCUUGGCUCCUUAGCCCUGCUGUCUCCUCUUGAUGCUCUGGAGCAGAGGCAGUGGGGCCUGAAGACUGGCGGGACUGAAGUUGAUAAGGACAUCACAGUUCUUCUCCCCAUGGCAACUACCUCACCUCACAUUACCCCUCAGGAUAGCAGAGGCACCGUGUUGGGGGAGGCUCCUGGGCUGUAAGCAGCCCUGUGUUGACUUUCAGAGACCUUUUCCACGUAGAAACUCCAGGAUGGCUGCCAGGAACAGCCAGUCAGUGACCUCUUUCCUGGAUCUGAUCCUCAUACUACAGGACAACAGUAAAAACAAAGCCACAUUAUUGAGUGACAUUUCUCUAGAGCUUGCUCCCUGCUGGGCACAGCUCAGAAGACCUACAUCUCUUGUACCUGUGCCUGGCUGGACAUUCUGACUUCCUCAAAUGUCAGUGAUGUUGGGUUGUGUGAUUUAAAAUGUAGAAAUGAACUUAGGAAUGAGGAGGACUUGGGACAGUCACUAAAUUGAAACAUUUCCAAUGUGUCAUUGUUGGCUCAGAAUUGAGCAGCAUUUUCACACAGUGAUUUUUUAAAGAUUUGAAAGCUAGCCUUUCUUUCCUUUUGUAUUUGCUACUGUCAGCAUAAUGAUUGUGUUCCUAUCCCGUCAAAUCCAUUUGUUUUGUAAACAAUAAAGUGUCAGAAGGAA